UUCGACUCAGCGCCUAUGGUGGAGUUGCGCAAUCCACCCAGCAGCUUCGAGCUGAAUUCAGACCCUCAAGGAACCUCUUCAGAUCCUCCAACGACCCAAUGGAGAUCCACUACUCUCAAUGACACGAUUGACCAAAAUCGACUCUUUCUGGACGACCACACUCUCUUGACAAACCUCAAGCUCCCUCCAAAUACACAAACCAGAAAAAGAAACCUACAGGAGGCCCACUACCCAUUGGCUUCACUUGGCUCGGAUCAUAUCCCACAAUGGUUCCGAGACCAGUUCCCAGACUUUGUUCCCAGCAUUCCACCUCUCUCGGAGCACAAGUAUCCUUUCGGGUUGCAGAACCCCUUCGAGAACAAUGGCACCAUAAUCCACCCCCGACUUGAAGCCGGAUCGAAGCCUCAAGCACCCCUCGUUCAAAGUGGUGCUGUCAAUGGCCUGGUCAAAUUUCGCAUGUUGCAGAAGGAAAGGGACGGUCAGCGAACUGCCCAAUCUCAAUUGCAGCAUCGUAUGGACGAGGCUGAGGAUCGUGCCAGGGCAGAACAUCCGUUUCUACGGCCCCUACCUAAUCUCCCUGCAGACUUUGGUCGCGGCCUGAAACUCGACGCCACAGAUGCAUUUUUGUUCAAAUUCUACACUCUCGCCUUUUGCGGAGGAAGAACACUGCUGCCACAAACGAAUGCCUUUCUCAACGAUGUCACCCCUAUGGCAUCAGCCAACUUGGCUGUCAAAUACGCCAUCUUAUCUCUGGCAGCUUCAUACGUGCUUGAUUAUAGACCGAGUAAACCAUUACAGCUGCGUGCACAGGCUCAUCACAAAAAGGCUGUCUUGUUGCUGGGACAAGAACUCAAUCGGCCCGAAACAUUCGCCCCUGGCCGGGGUGAGGCAGCAAUUGCCGUUCUCAUGCUGUUGUCGCACAAUGACCUUGUCAACUGGGAGCUUGACCGCUGUCGGUCACUUUACCCCAAAUGGUAUACUGGAUAUCAGAUGGCCAAUCUAGUGUUGGCCAAAACCGACCCUGGGUACAAAUAUCAUGAACCACAAAACGUCCAGUACAGUCGGGCUCGACGCUUCAUCGGGACCAAAGCAGCGCUCCAAAUAAUCCUGGCUGAGGUGUUUGGGCCUCUGGAAUUCCCCAAGGCCUGUCCGCACUCUUGGUUGCUGACAGGUGACGAUGACUCUCUGAACAAGAUCGACGGUCUGAUUGGCUUGUCACCCAAGCUUUUACAUCUUUAUGCUCAGGUCACCCACCUGGCAUCUCGACUAUACCGCAACCCUAAUAGCGUUGUCAUCGCUCGAGCCGCCAGACUUCUCUGGCCUCGAAUUCACCUCCAUCGCCAGAAGUCGGAUCUCUCCGAAGGCCCUGAAGACCUUACCUCCUUGUUGGCGGCUUGUGCUAUUAGUUCCGACCUGGACCCUCACACCGGAAAGAUCAACUCUCGCACGACGGUGGUGGAACUGACGGCCGAGUCUUAUACCUCGGCCGCCGAGCUUUACUUUCUGUGUCGACUGCUUCGAUAUCCGAGAUCUCAUCCACUGGUCCGGAAGACUCUUUCACAGCUUCUCGAAUGCAUCUCGUAUCAACCGACUGAUGGAAUUCUCUUCACUGCUCAGGCCCCACUCUUUCCAGUUUUCGUGGCAGGUGCCGUGUCUUUGACAGAACAUGACAGGAAGAUCGUGAAUUCCUGGUUCGAUGGGGUUAACAUGAGUUCAAGGGGAAACAUUCCACCGAAUCGGCGGGCGAUGACUGCCGUGUGGGAGUGGCUGGACAACGACCUAACUCCAUCCGAGGCACCGCAUGCAUACGACGAAUGGACAGACACCCAAGACAUUGUCCAAGAAGGAUUUGGUCAGAGACGGGCUUGGUGGGAAGAGAUGGUCCAAAUGUUGGAGCAGACAGAGGGACGCAUGAGUCUCGGCUGAACCGUAUCUGGGUCUUCGCGGCUGGAUCUAAUCUUCAGGAUACUCGUCGGUCACAUUGCUCACGAACGUCCCGGACUCGUAGUCGAAGCGCUUGAACCACUUGCCAAUCUCGAUUGGAAAUUCUUCAAUCAUGUCGUUGGUGAUCUCUUCUGGUUUCAACAAGACGAUAUUCUCCUCGGCCACAUAUCUGGUUGACUCGUCCUCAACCAGGACGUUGUAAAACGGCUGAUGGCGCCCUUGAGGCAGGCUGUCAACAUGGUUGACUGUAAUCCACUGCUCCUGCAUGCGACAGUAUGGAUCCCAACCGUAGAUGACGGCCAGGUACGACCGGCGGCGGUGGCGGAAGACCUGGCCGACGCUGAAUUUGACCACAUCGUUACGUGGGUCGGAACGAUACUUUGGCACCUUGGACUCGUGAUCUGCAUCUUUGAGCUGAUGAAUCAGAUUACGAUAGGCGCGGGCAUCGGGAAGACUCGCGGUCAAAGGAAGGAUACGGGUUUCGAAAAUGUGGAUGUCGAGAUCGAAAAACUCGAG